AGACUACAUCUUUAUUUUAAACUUUUUUUUGCCAUGUUGCCAACAGAGAGCGUCUAAUGUAUUGAAAUCCGUCUUUACGCGCUUACGUAAGGUGCGCUCCAAGUCUUGAGAUGACGGAAGUUUAGGACAGACGGUUAGUGUGAGUUUGCUCUGGAGUUUUGCUUUAAAUCGCUGUUUUUUUGUUUGCCAUAGCUACUGGACACAUCGUAUCGAAGGUGAGCCAAAAGAAAGACACCAGAUACUGUAGCCUAAAUCCAUAUUUAGUGGACUACGGACACCAUCAUGGCCCCACAUCCUGUAAUACAAGCUGUCAUUGACUUCUCAGCGGGAGCAGCAGGUGGUACAGCCUGCGUGCUAAGUGGUCAGCCAUUUGACACAGCCAAGGUGAAGAUGCAGACGUUUCCCAGCAUGUACCGUGGCUUCAUCCACUGCUUCAUUUCAACUUUCAAACAGGUGGGACUCCGUGGUCUCUACAAAGGCACCACACCGGCCCUCCUUGCCAACAUCAGUGAAAAUGCGGUGCUCUUCUUAAGUUACGGCCUGUGCCAGGACGCUGUCCGCCUUUUGUUAAGGAUGGAUAAAGGAACCGAACUAAGUGACAUCCAGAAAGCAUCUGCUGGGUCCUUAGCCUCCAUCUUCUCCUCCAUGGCCUUGUGCCCAACAGAGUUGGUGAAAUGUCGCCUGCAGGCCAUGCACGAAAUGGAAGCGACUGGCAAGGUAGCGAAAGGACACCGGAGCACUGUCUGGUCUGUGGUUAGGACUGUACUGAGAACUGACGGUCCUUUGGGUUUCUACCAGGGACUGACCUCAACCAUUGUUAGGGAGAUACCAGGUUACUUCUGCUUCUUUGGGGCCUAUGAGUUGUGUCGGACAACUUUUGCACAACAUAAGGGCACAGACAAAGACAGUAUAGGCAUUCUUCCACUCAUGUUUAGUGGUGGAUUUGGAGGAGCUUGUCUUUGGCUGGUGGUCUAUCCAAUAGAUUGUGUGAAGUCUAGGAUCCAGGUUUACUCAUUAGCUGGAAGGCAAGAGGGGUUCAUGAAGACCUUCUUGGGUAUUAUACGUACUGAGGGGUUCACCGCUCUGUACUCUGGUUUGACUCCCACCAUGAUACGCACCUUCCCUGCCAACGGAGCCCUCUUCCUAGCUUACGAGUUGAGCCGCAAGUAUAUGAUGGAUAGGGUGGGUGCUGAUUAAUCCCCCUAAUUAACAUGUCUGACCUGAUGUAACUCUGCCUACAAUGUUUUGUUUAAAUGAUAAAUAAAGUGGUUGAUACUUCUAAAACAAUAUUAAAAUAAGAAUUUUGUUAUAACAAAUUUCAGACAAAAUGUCUU